AUGCAGGACGCGGGCUUGGCGCCGUCCCGCAUCAGCGUGUUCUACGACGCGUUCUACGAAAAGCUGUUCGAGAAGGCGCCGAAAACGAAGGACCUGUUUGACGGCAACAUGGUCCGGCAGAGCAGAGCACUCGUCAAGAUGGUGUCUUGGUUGUGCAACCUCGAGGUGACGGACGACCUCGUCAGCAGACUGGAAGCACUGGCUGACCGCCACGUGGGCUACGGCUGCCUGCCGUUGCACUACGAAGCCGGAGGCGACGCCCUCCAACACGCCUUGCGUGCUACGGCCCAGGAUGAAGACCCAACACAAAUGGAGAUCAUUAUGAAGGCGUGGAAAGACGUUUACAGCUUCGUGAUCCUGGUCGUCAUCCCUCGGACGGCCCUCCGCCUCGAAGAGUCCGUUCGCAGCGCGGGGCCGGUCUCGACCAUGCUCCGGCCAACCCCAAUUUCCGGCACCCGGCUCAAGGUUCUCGAGACGUCGGCCCCCUCUCCGCGCCACACCCGCAGCAGCAGCAUCAGCGGCGAUUGGCAGCAGCAGCAGCAGCAGCAGCACUCACGCCGGUGGCACGGCGGGGCCCAGGACGGCAGCGCGCAUGCGAGGUCUCCCCGCCCCUUGGUGGGGACACCCAACUCGGCCGGCGCUGUUCCGGGCGGCCCACGCGAGGACCAGGAGUGGUUCGGGGCUGGCGGGAGGAGCCCGGUCCGUCGGUCCAGCAGCUCGGGGCCCUUCACCCGGAGCUCCAGCGGGCGCCGCCGAAAGAAGGGCUCCAAGGGAUGGGCCGGCGGCGGUGUGGGAGGGUGGGGCAGGAGCAGCAAUCACCGGUCGCCUGGCGCCGGUCUCGGCGGCAACCACAGUGACGGUGGUGGCGGAAGACGCCGCCGAGCGGCCAGCGGACCUAGCGGGAGCACGUUUGGGGUCCUGGGGGCUCCGUGGGGCGGGAGAGGGCACACCCUGAUUGCCCCGUACGCAGACAGCCAUGACGGGGAGGACGGCGGCGGGAUCUACCCUCCGGGCUCGCCGUUCUCGAUGGCCUCCUCGGCGGGGUCGGGGCUGCACCUGAGCCUGGCGGGCAGCGUCUCCACCGUGCCGAGGAACGAUUCGAUCUGCGCGAGCCCGGAUGGCUCCUCCCGGGUGAGCGUGAACGGGAGGUCGGGGCCCGACGCGAGCAAGGGCGUGCGCGGCAGAAGGUCUAAGAUCUUGAGGGGGCUGGGGAUGAUGGGUGGGCCGAGAAGCGGGGGCGGGGGCAGUGCGGAGGGGUUCGGCGGCGGCGUUCCCUCUAGCAGCCCGAGGGAAACCAUUGGAGCGCGCGCGAGGGCUAUGUUGGGAGGGCGCCCCCGGCGACAGAACGAAGGUAUCUCCGCCGGGAGGCAGGGGGUGCCCCACAUGAUCGCGCCUGACCGGCGUCAGCACAGCCGGAGUAGCAGCGUGGGCUCGCUGUCAGCAGCGGCGGAAACGGUGUCGCUCGUUGCGCCUGAAGGGGGAGGAAGGAACUGGGCCGGCGCCGGAGGCUACGGGGUGCCGUUUCCGGCGACGCCCUCCAGUUCUCCGCGCGGCAGCGACCUCAGCAGCACCUACCAGCAGCGACGAAAGGCAGACAGAAGCCACGACAGCAGCACCGCCGCCGCCACGCCGCCGCUGGCGAGCCCCGCGAGCUCUGCCCUGUCGCUCCCCGUCUCUCGGUCCUGGGAGCAGUCUUCCGCGCUGCUGUCGGCGCGCCUCGGUAGCGGUAACGGCGGCGGCAUCGGCAUCGGCUUCUCCUCGAAAAGACAGCAGCCCGGUCGCGGCCCCGCCGCGGCCGUGCCCAAGUCGCGGACCCCGACGGCCGCCUCCAUGCUGCGGCAGGACGGUGGCUGGCACGACACCGGCGUUCACGGCGGCAAGAAGGAGGUCGGGAGGAAGGAGGGCACCCCGCGGUCCCGCCAGACCCCGCCGACCACAGGAAAGAAAAGCCCUUCGGGUUUCGACAACAGCGGAGGCGGCGGCGGCAGGGGCGAGGUUGACGCGAGGCCAAGCAGGAGAAGCGUGACGGGCACGAGCCCCCGCGACCGGCGGCAACGGAUCGGGAGGCCACCGAGCCCGUCGUCGUCGCUGUCGCCACGCCUUCCCUCCGCCGCCGGUGGCGCUGUCGGCCGGAGACAAGCGGUGGCUACCACAACCGCCGUUGCCACUGCUGCCACCGCCUCCGCCGUCGCAAACAUCGUUUCCGUUUCGGCGCCCUCGUCUGCUGCCUUGCGACCGUACGAGGUUAUGGCCCAAGAGGCGCAAAAGGCGUCGGAACCGACGCCUCUUCAGCUGCCGGCGACUUCAACGGCUCGCAUGGAAAAAGCCGCUGCUCAUGGUGUCGGGGGCAGGGGAGUGGGCGAGGCGGGUGGCCGGCGAGACCUGCCCAGCGAAGCGUUGUCCCACGGCGAUGGGGAGCCAGAGCCAGGUGGGUCCGACCCGAGACAGGCGCGCAGGGACAACGGGUCGCACCUGUCGAGCGUGCCGAGAACGCCUGCAACUCGGGUUGGAGUGAGGGAGCUACACGGCCACCAGACGGCGGACGGGUGCGGUCCGCGCGAGGAACCCGCGCUCCUGCGUACCCCCGCGUGCGACAAGACGGGAAGGGCGCACCGUGCUUAUCCCUCUCCUGCCAAGUGUCACAACGGCAGCAGGCGGGCGGCGAGACGAGGGGAUUCCGGGUCGAGAUCGUUCUCCCGCCGACGGCACCGACCAAACGGCGAAAAGAAAAAGUCCCCUGCCGUUGCACCCGGUCGGGGUUCCACGCCUCAAGGCUCGAAAGGAGCGGGCGUGGCGGACCAAGCCGGCGUUUUCAGUGACGACGGCAAUGAUGGCAAAGCUCAGAGCAGUAAACGAACUGGGGGAGGCGGGAAGGGUCCUUCGAGGCAACCGCCGGUGCGGAAGCUGUCCCACGAAGCCGCGACUAUGUUCGGCUUCUUGGAGGAGGAGGAGGACGGCGGCGGCGGGGAGGCGGAGGCUAAGACUGAGCAGAGGAUGAACAGCUGGGACAGACGGCCGAAGAGCAUGAACGCCGCCGACAUCGCUGCUGUAGACUCAAUCGGGGCCAACGCCAUGGCUUUCUUCGAGAAGAAGAGGCUCCAGAAGAAGCAGAGUAGGGGGGAAAGGUCGGGGAACGGAUCAGCGGUGGCGGGGUCACCGAUGGAAGUCAAGGAAGCGGAGGAGAAAAAGGAAGACGAGGCGGAGUCGAACUCAUUGCUGAGAAACUGGCAGCUACAGGCUCUACCGCGGCAGGAAGAGGCCGUGGAGGCAAAACCGGGGGAGGAAUACGACGCAUUAGCCGCGGCGGUGGUGGCACCGGCCGAGGACGCGAAGAGCCCGGCGCACGCCCUGUCUAGCACGCCAAAGGAGCUCGGCUCGACCCGGGGGGACGCGUGGAAGACAAGAGAAGCGAUCCUUGUUACGCCUCCUAGAGUCAAUGGGGGAGGCUCGGCCGCUUCGUCGCCGCCGCUGUGCCCGUAUCCGUUCGUAGCGGCUCGUCGGCCGAACCCCUUCGCGGAACCUAAGCCAGCAGCGGGCUGCGGCGAAAGCGGUGAAGCUGGCGGGCGCGCUGCGAGAGCCGUGGUGGUGGAGCCUGCUAACUCUUGGUGCGCGUCUACCGGCGCGGUGGCGCACGCCGUAGUUCCCUUCGAGCACGCCUCCCCGCCCAUGUGGAAACCUUUCCGGCCCAUCGUCGGCCCCGAUGCCGCCGCUGCUGUCGCCGGUGGUGCUCUGCGAGCUGGCGCAAAGGAAGUGAAGGUCCCGCACAGCACCACCCUGGAGCCGCCGUUUCUCGGCCCUGAUGAUGCCCCGGGCGACGGCGAUGCCGCCCGCUCGGCUAUCGACGCUCCGGCUUGUUCUCUGGAAAACGGCAACACUGACGCAGUGGGUAAGGAAGACGCCGCGGAAGCUUGCGAAUGCCCUCUGGGCAAGGGGCGGGCCGACUUCGUUGGGACAAGUAACGGCGUUAUUGGCAAAUGUGGGGGGGCGACGGCGGCGGGGUGGGCCGGUGCCCGGCGCACGGAAGAGCGGCAGUGGCUCCGACAGGAACAGCUGGACCUCGUGAAGCAAUCGGACAAGACGCCCAUGACCCUGCCGUUGAUGGACGGCAGCACCCACGCCCCGGAGACGGACGACUUCAACGAGAUGGCUAUGUCCGUCGGUCCCGAGAAGUCCAGAAGGAGCAAGCAGAAAGCACUCGCCUCUCCCGCCGCCGCCGCCGCCGCCGUCAUGUCCCGGGACGACGACAUCGGUGGCGUACAGAUCGGUCAAGCGAGUGGCUCGAGAGCUACGAGCAGCGCCGUCAGUCCGUGCAGCGACGCCCGCACUACUCGGCUGUCGCUUUCCUCGACGAUAUCUUGCACGCCUCCAUCGCACGCGGUCUCCGGUGCGGGUCUGUAUUUGUCGAGAGAGGACCGCCCCGUUGCCGUUGCUGGCGGCGAGUUCGAGGAGCCGGUGACCCCUGCCGUCGCCGCUGGCGUGGGUCUGCCUCAGGAGCCUUUCGGGCGGAGUGCUCUGGGCGGCGGCGCUCUUGACCUUGGUGGGCAGGAAGGAGGGUUGCGAACGGCCACAGGCUUGAACGAUAACGAGGCACCACAGGCGGCCGCAUGCGGGGCCCUCGACACCAGGCUUGAAUCCAGCCAGAGAAACAGUAGGGAGGCAGCGGUAGGAGGCGGCGGUGGGAAAGCGCAAGACGGCUCCGCCGCCGUUGCCGCCGGGGGCGCAAGAGGCGGGACGCAGGUUAGGGCGACCGGUGGCGGCAGCGUGGUGGUAGCGGCCGGGACGGUGAGUGCCGCCUCCGAGCUGUGGGGCGGCCGUUCGGCAACAGCCAAGGCUCGGGCGGCCGAGCUAAGAGACCGAGAAGCCGCAGCAGCAGUAGCAGCCGCGGAAGCGGCGACGGCCGACGGGUGCACCGUCAAGACGAUUUACUCGGCCACCGCAAACAGAAGAGGCGGCACCGGGGGCGCGGUGGACGGCAGCGGCGGUCGCGACGGCCGGAGAGAUACCUUGCGAUCGGCUUCCUCUGCGCGGACCCAAACUGCCGCCGCGCCGCCGCCGCCGCCAGCGUCUCCGUUCAAGGCCAAAGGCAGGGUGGCCGCAAUGGCGGCGAGAGUCAUGGCCGGAAACUGGGGGCGUGGAGGUGACACUGCGGUGCCGGUGGGGUCAGGUGCAGGUGCUGGGGGCACCGUGGCUGGAGUUCUGGGGGACGGCGUCAAAGCGGGAGACUCUCGGCUGAUAUCGGCGAAAGCAGGUCGUGGAGAAGGAGAAGGUCGUUACGGGGGUGACGCAGCCAGGCGAGAGAGGGGCGUGGCGGGGUCUAUGAACGAGGGGCGGGUGAGGGUAGAGAGCAGGAAGGGUCCGAUGGAAGGGCUUGCAUUCGGAAACGUGCGGCAGAGGGCGAGUGCGUGGGACAUGGCCUUGUGGAGCUGAGCGUAGAGGAAGAUUAAUGAUUCACAAUUUGUUUUUGCCGUCUACUAAGCAUGUAAUUUGGUCUGUUGAGUUAUAAAUACAUUCGUUGUCUGAUCUGAACGUCUGAAAAGCAAGUCAUGAGCCACAUGGCGCACGAGGGCGAGAAGCUCUUGAUUUUUUUCCAAGUGUGAGGCGUCCUAUGGUUGGUGAUGUGGCAUGACGCGAACCGCGUCUAGAGUAUCGGUGCUGUGCGUGUGUGUGUGUGUGUUUUUGGCCGCGACUGUUUGGGGUUCCCGUCGAUGUGCACAAGGGAAAAGGGUAUGUUACCUACCGGGCAUUUUUUUUUUUUUGUGAUUUUGGCGAUCGCUAUCCAACAACAGCACCAACCCGUUAGUUUGUUUCCGUCUCGUCCCCUCUUGCGCUAGCCGCUAUCAGUUGACGUGCUGUGCGCGCGCGCGCACAUACACACUACAGCAGUGGUUCUUUUAUUUCUGUUCGAGCUGUAAGGUUGAACGUGGUACAAACUUGAGUGGAGAUAUUCUUCGCGUGUGCAUGCCCAGCGAUGCCGGGCCAGGCUUAUCUGUAUAAGAGUGAUGGGGCGUUGGGGGCAAUGUUGCUGUGGCUUUUUGCCGUAACCGCGGGGGUAGCCGCACGAAUAUUUUUUUGUUUCACUCAUUUGUAUAUGCAAGCCGGGAUGGAUGUGGUGGGAGGGUAAUAGUUUGUGCGGUAGAUGUAGUCAUAUCAAGGAGCGUGGACGGGUGAUACAUUUAGUGUUCCAUGGUCGUGAUGGACGCGCAAGAUCGACAUUAAGGGGAUUGCACGUCUGCUUGCCGGUGUAUACAUGUAUUUAUUUUGUACGGUAAUUAGAUGGGGACUCACGGAUGCACUAUACUAGGUGGUUCACGGGGCGGGGUAGCUGCGAGUGUGUUCUUCAAUGUCUUCCAGGCACCGGUGGCUCUAUCCCUACCCUACUGGGGGCGAUACGUCGGCUCACACAGCUGUUUUUUUCGCGUUGUUUCUGGAAGCUCGUUUCUUCUGGACGACGUGUAGAUUGCUCUCCUUCCCGCUUCCCCCACCCCUGGCAAGCUUGAGCUGUGCUUCUACUUUAAAGGAGGGAUGUCCGAUUCGAACGGUGAUGGCUUGCUCUGUUGUUUUCGAGCGCCACAUGUUUGUUUUGUGAGGGUUGUCUAUACUCCGUUCGUUUUUUGUUGGCAUUUAUUGCGUGUCGUGGGAAUCGUGCCGCCUGUAGUUGUUUCGUUUCAUGAGCCGAAUGGCUACUUACUGCUGUUGUAGCAAUUUCUAGAGCUAUGUCGGCUGUGGGAACUAUCAUCCCGGACGGCGGUGGCGCGACUGGGCCGGACAUUUUUGGUUCAGAGGUGCAUGAACGCACUCGCAGUUUACGUCGCGAGUCUGGAACGUGACGCUUUGGUUUUUUGUCAACGUCUACGUCGCGCUUUCCUUUAUAUUGCUGGAUAAAGAGUGCUAUCGGAUGUGUGUGUGUUGUGUAUUAUGUUGGUUUGUCCACCGGAUUCAGUCGGUAUUCGGCGGAUAUUUUUUGCGGCAAUCUGAGCGCUUAACGUCACAUUUUGCCACCACCACGCUCUUCAUGUUGAAGUAAAUAGUGGUUGCCCAGGGUUACGCCGGGCAUGUAGUUCCGAUUUUUCCUUUCAGCUGAUUUUUUUCCUUCGGCCUGUUGGCUGUGAGCUCACCCCUUGGUUUUGUUUGGUUGUUUUCUCUCUUUCGGUUUCCUUGGUGUGUAUCGUUACGUGCGUCUCAUUUUUUCCCUCUACAUUGCCCUGGUUGCAAUAAACGUAGGGCACUACGCUGUCGGCUUGUUUUCUUUGUAAACAUUUAGUCAUGCAUGUUUGGUUAGUUUGCCUGAUCGGUAUAACGCGUUGCGUUUGUGCCGGGAGCCUUUUGUUGGGAUGCCACGUCUGCUACUGGAUGGUUUGGUGUUGGGACGUGAGCGCGGGCGGUGACGCACGUCUGUUGCUGUCUCGGUUUGUCUUGUUCUUUGGUUUUAUCGGAAGCGGUUGGGUGCUUAGGGGCGCGAUGAAAAGGUGGACUUUUUCGUUUACUGGUCCCGAGCUGUUGGCCAAUCAAGUAGUUUAGUAUUUUUUUCUUUUAUCGGCAUUCCCCUGUUUUACACUACACAGCUGUUGUCGUUCGCCUGUUUUGCACUACACAGCAGUGUUGUUCUCAUAUGGUCGGACUGGUCAGCACGUCGUUGUGUGUUUGAGCGUAUCUCGUGCCGGGUACCCGUUUGCUGUAUACUACCAUGACGGCGUUCGCAUUGAGCUUGAACGGGAAUAGGUCGGAGGGUGUAUUGAAAUGGAAACAAUAGACCAGUGGAUAGG